CGAUUCUUGUUUGUUUGUUUCUCUGCCUUUAAACUUCUUGCGCUCCAAAAUAAACCUAAAUUCCAUUUAAUAUUAAAAAUAGAAUUCCAAAACCCAAAGCAUGGAUUGCCUUCGCCAACAUCUGUCGCAGUGCGACUCACUCCCCAUCGUCAUUGCUGUCAUUGCCGGCAGCGCCGUGCUCUACAUCCUGUUCUUCCGCAAUCGCAGUCUCCCUGCAAUCCGCUUUGAACUCAAGCCGCCGGCCGAGAGCCUCCCCGGAUGGCGCGCCAACGAAAUAUUGGAUGAACCAAGUAUUUUCAUCAAGGACCGACAGGCCCCCGUGACCACGCCUGACGAGCUCUCGGAUAAGCUGCAGCGCGCUCGCAGUGCGCAGGCGACCUGGUCUCUGACCACGUUUGAGCAGCGGCGGCAGGUUCUGCGGACGCUCAACGACUUUAUUAUCUCCCACCAACGCGAGAUCUGCCAGGUGGCGUGCCGCGAUUCAGGCAAGACCAUGAUUGAUGCAACCCUGGGCGAGAAUGGUGAACAGGCACUAAUGGACGACAAGCGCGAUCCUGGCUUUAUGAUGAUGUACAAGCGGGCUCGCGUGGUCUACCAGCCGCGCGGCGUGGUUUCCGCCCUGGUUUCGUGGAACUACCCGUUCCACAACACCAUUGGUCCGGUCAUUUCGGCCAUAUUUUCGGGUAACGGUAUUGUCAUCAAGGCUAGCGAGCACGUUGCCUGGAGCAUGUCCUACUGGGAGCAGAUAGUGAAGCGCGCGCUGAAUGUGUGCGGCCACAACCCUGAUCUCGUCCAGUUUGUCACUGAGGUCGGCAAGUUGGUGAUGAAGUCGGCUAGCUCGAACCUGACCCCGGUGACGCUUGAGCUGGGCGGCAAGGAUUGCGCUAUCGUGUUUGCCGACUCUGAUAUGUCGCAGUGCAUCCCUGUGCUCAUGCGCGGUGUCAUCCAGAACGCUUCCCAGAACUGCAUCGGCAUCGAGCGCAUCCUUGUGCAGGACGCCGCCUACGACAACUUUGUCAGUGAAAUGACCCGCCGCAUCAAGGCCGUGCGCCUCGGCGCUAUCCUCGAUGACCAGCCUAACCAGGUUGACUGCGGCGCUAUGAUUCUGUCGAACAGCUUUGGCCGCCUCGAGUCCCUGAUUGCCGAUGCCGUCUCCAAGGGCGCCCGCUGCCUGGCUGGAGGCCACCCCUAUAUUCAUCCGCUUCAUCCCAAGGGCCAGUACUUCGAGCCCACUUUGCUUGUUGAUGUCACACCGGACAUGGACAUCACGCGCAAUGAGACCUUUGGUCCUAUAAUGGUCAUUAUGAAGUUCAGCGACGAGCAGGAUGUCCUGAACAAGGUCCACUCUUCGCCAUAUGGUCUGGGCUCUAGCGUUUUCUCGGGCAACCAAGCUCGCGCAAGCCGCAUUGCUCUAAAAUUGCGCGUGGGCAUGACAAACGUCAAUGACUUUGGCGUCAACUAUAUCUGCCAGUCCCUGCCCUUUGGUGGCGGGUUUGGCCGUUUUGCUGGACCCGAAGGCCUGCGCGCACUCUGCGUUGAAAAGGCGUUCACCGAGGAUCGCUUCUCCUUUAUCAAGACGCCUAUUCCGCCCAUUGUCGAUUACCCUAUCCAGGACACGGAAAAAGGAUUCAAGUUCACUCAGCAGAUUGUUGCCUUUGCUUACAGCGACUCUUGGUGGGCGUCCAUCAAGGCCGGGCUUAACCUGGGCAAGCUGUCCAUGUGAGAUUGAAAUGUUGGAUUUUGAACAAUGUUCUGAUCAACACAACUUGAUUUGAUUAUAUUGAAAUACACUGCUUCACACUAAAAAGACGUCAAAUACAAACUCACAGC